AUGCUGAAAUUGCUUGUUCUUCUUUUCUGCCUCCUGGCUUUGUCAUUUUGCUGUAAAUGCAAAGAUCAAACUACACAGGAAAGUUUUUGUGGUGCGCAUUGGGUUUCGCAUGUGAAAGUGAUUGCGCGGGUUGCGAAACAAGGACUUCCGGCUGAUACUUCGAGAAAGGGAUUGAAUAAUUUGAGAUAUACUGUGCAACAUGUCAAGGUUUUUAAGGUUGGUGCUAUUUUUUUGGGAUUUAUAUUUGGGGGGAAAAUUGGGGCAUUUUCAGAAUUUUUUUUUCAAUUUUUGAAAUUCAAAAUUUCUUGUUUGAAUUAUUUUUCGAAGUUGGAAUUUUUUCAUAAAAAUAAAAAAAAUUGAAAAAAAAAAGAUUUUCUAAUAAAAUUGUCAAAAAAAUAAAUAAUUUUUUGAAAUUCCAUAAAAUGUGGACUUGAAAUUUUCAAAAUUUGAUACAUGUCAUAUUUCUUUGAAUUAAUUCUGUAAAUUAAAAAAAAAUUUCAAAAUAAAAAAAUGCAAAUUCCUUCGUAAAAUUAAACCCCAAUGAUUUUACUUUGAAAUAUUUCGAAAAAUUUAAUCCUAGCUUGUUUUUUUUUUUGAAAAAUUUUCAAAUCUAGUUAAAAAUGUGAUACUUUGCAUAUUUUUUAAAAUUCAGUGAAUUUUUAGAAAUAAAUUUUCAGAUUAAAAAACUCAUUUGAAAAAUGUGGUCCCAAAAAUUACUCUGAAAAAUUUCGAAAAAUAAAAAAGUUCGCUACAGUACUCUGAGAAUUUCAUAGAACAAUUCGAGCGCUCAAAAUUUCAGAAAAAAAAUAUUGAUCAAUUUUCUUGAAAAAUCUUGACCAAAAUUAAAAAAAUCUAAAAUUUCUUCUCAGAUUUUUGGAAUCUAAAAAUCUGAAAACCCUAUUCAACUUCCAGACCCCCGCCAAUCUCACCACUCUCCCCUCGGAAAUCUUCACCCCCAGCGAAUCACCAGCUUGCGGUCUCAAAAUUUCAGCCGGUCACGAAUAUUUGCUAGCCGGUCGAGUUGAAGGCGCCUCCUCUUUGUAUACCGUUCUCUGCGGACAAGUUGUUCCAGACAGCUCAACUUCAACAGAAUUCGAAAAGGUUUUGGAGUGGAAAAAUGUGCCAGCAAGUCUUCCUGCACAAUUGGCUGCUAUUAAAUGUUAA